UAACCGAAGAAGCGCCGGAAGUGGCGGAGCUGCCGCGGCUAUGUGGUACCGGACACGCGGCGCCAGUUGCCAUGGAGCCCGCAGGGGUCUGCGGCUUCUGCCCAGCCGGGGAAGCGCUGCCGGCACGCUACACCUGCCCGCGCUGCAACGCUCCCUACUGCUCGCUGCGCUGCUACCGGGCGCACGGCGCCUGCGCGGAAGACUUCUACCGCGACCAGGUGCUGCGGGAGCUCCGUGGCCGGAGCGCUUCGCCCAGCCGGCUGGCUGGCGCGCUACGCCGGCUGCGUGAACAACGCGAGGCCGAGGAUGAGCCGGAGGAAGCAGGCCUCGGGCCCCGCACGCGGCCGGGCGGCCUUUCUGGACUCUGGGAACGCUUGGCGCCAGCCGAGAAGGCGGCUUUCGAGCGGCUGCUGAGCCGUGGAGAAGCCGGACGUCUUCUGCCGCCUUGGCGGCCCUGGUGGUGGGGCCGCGGGCCCGCCCCGCGUCUUCUGGAGGAGCUGGAUGGUGCCCCGGGCAGGGAUCUUGCGGAGCCAGAGCCCGCCCCUGCGAGGACCACGCUGGGAUCCGUGGAUGAUGCCGCCGCCGAGGAACCACUUGCUGAAAACUCUGGGGCCGCGAGGCCUCCCGCAGUGCCCAACCAUAUCCCAGCGCUAGCUAGUCUGAGCCGCAGCCCGCCCUCCCCGCUCGUGCGCUUCCAGCUGCCCAAUGUGUUGUUCGCGUACGCUCACACCCUCGCCUUGUAUCAUGGAGGGGACGACGACGCGCUGCUCUCUGACUUCUGUGCCACGCUGCUCGAUGUUUCUGGAGCCCUGGGAGCCCAGCAAAUCUUUGACUCUACGGAGGAAGCCCUGCAGGCCGCAGCACACGUGCUGGAAGCGGGCGAGCACCCACCUGGGCCCCUGGGCACGCGGGGUGCUAUGCAAGAGGUUGCCCGUAUCUUGCUGGGCGAGGGUCCUAUCAAUCAGAAGGGCUACACGCUGACAGCACUGGGUCACCUGGCUCGGACCCUGGGCCGAGCCCGGAAACAGGCUGUGGUUGGCGAAGAGCGGGAUCGACUUUACCGGGCCCGGAAAAAGUGCCAGUUCCUACUAGCGUGGACCAAUGAAAACGAGGCUGCCCUCACACCCCUGGCUCUAGACUGUGCCAGGGCCCACCGAGCCCAUGCCGUAACAGCCGAGGAGAUGGCAUCCCUUACUGGAGAGCUGGAGCGCCUGUGGGGAGGCCCAGUGCCACCUGCUCCGAGGACUCUCAUUGAGGAGCUCCCUGGCUGAGCAGGGUAUCGAUAUCAUUAAUAAAAAUUGCGACUGGUCUGCCCAAA